AGCACAUGCUGUAAUGCUGAUGAAGAUGAGAAGGAGGAGGGGGAGGACCUGUGCGUGUCUCCGUGCAGCCUCCGGAGCGCAGGGCGGGGCGACACCGCGCAGCAGCAGCAGCAGCAGCUCCAUCACCGCUCCCCGACAUCAACCUCCUGCUCGUCCUCAGGCCGCGGUAUGGACCUCGGAGCCUGGCCCGUUUCCUCUGAAUCACAGCGGGUCCGGUUCGAGCUGCGGUCCACUGGGGUGAUGAUGAUGACGGUAGUGGUGUGCAGUUAGAGCUGCAGAGUGAAUCCGUGCGCGGAGCGGAAACACCGCAGCAGAAAAACUGCCAUUGUUUGUAUGCGCGGCAGCCCGAGAGGGAGAAGCUGGAGUUUGGUGAAGCCGUCGGACGGAGAGGCACCAUGCUGUCCCCGCUGUUCCUCACCGUGUGUCUGCACUGCUUUGUCCGGGGUGCGUGGGCGCUGCAGGCGUCACUGAACGAUGACGGUCUGAUCGUGGCGACCCUGGAGAGCACCGACCUGCAGGACAACGUCAUGGCGUACGCUGCUCAGCUCUCCGGAGAACCCCGGCUGAUCCUGGUUCCGUUUGUGAACACCAGCCAGCCUCUGCUCAUCAACACGUCGUUUCAUGGGCUCUGCUACAGUGUGGGGCUGCUGGUUAAACUGGGACAGACCUGGUCCAGAACCACAAAGGCUGUGCCUGUGCUCACAAAGCCACUCCCUGUGCACACUGUUCAGAUCUCAGACUACAGAGAGGCUCCAGAGACCGGUGUGGUGUUUGAAAUCGACGCUCCAGCCAGGAACGUCUUCAGCAGAGUGAACAUCAGCUACACAGAGGGGCAGGAGCGGCGCUCCAUGCUCUACAAAGAUUUCUACAAGGGGAAGACGGUGUUUAAGCACUGGUUACCGGGUAUCUGCUACCAUAACAUCACCUUCCAGCUGAUCUCUGAGGCCACCGUGAACCAGACUGCGCUGGUUUCACGCAGUGACAUCACACACUCACCUGUACACCACAGGACAGUGCCCCACCCCCCCCUCAACAUUUCUCAUAAGAUUAUCCACCUGAGCCCCAGAGUGGGUCCAGGUGAGGCCCCCAACGUGGUCCCUUCUGAGGGUGGCCGCGAGGGCCUGGGAGGCGAGGGCCUGGGAGGCGAGGGCCUGGGAGGCUCCCGCCGAGCCCGGAACAUUCUGCUGAUGGAGGAGCGGGAGGCGGAGGAGACUCACUCAGUGGAGGAGAAGCCCUCAGAUAAGGUGGCAGGAGCUGCUGCUCAGAUCCCCUCUAGCUCAGCACAGAACCUGACAGGAACCCCCACCACCAACCUGAUCACCAACCAGUCGACGGAGGCCGAGACUCACACCUACUGGCUGAAACCGACCGAUUUGCCUCCUGCCCACAGGGCAGAGGAGUUCGUUAACGCUGUGGUGCCCGAGUACGAAGACUCCAACGAGACUGGCUCAGCCAUGGGUCUCCCCUCUGAGGCCUCGGUCCAGCCCACCAAACCGCCCCCCGUCCUGCUGGAGCUGCGCUGGCUACCACCCAGACCCCCCACCGGCUACGACGGCUUCAACAUCUACAUCUACAAAGAUGGGAACUCUACAGAAACAGCCACAGUGGACGGAAACACCCAUGAGUUCUUCACCGAGUUAACAGAGCCGGGGACAUACCGAGUCCAGGUCACCACGCUGAGCUCAUCUGGAGACUGUGAGGCCAGAGAGAGCGCCGCUGACACCGGCUUUGCUUUCUACCUCAGUCCUGGCAGGGAGCUGUUGGAGGAGCUGCGGGAGCGUCCUCAGGCCGUCAGCGUCCGACUGCUGGACUCCAGCACCGCCGCCAUCUCCUGGGCUCCGUCCUCUGAGAGCCACAACGGCAGCCUGGUGUCGGUGGUCUCCACAACGUGCCUGAAACCCAGUAUGAGCCAGAGGAUGGAAAACACGUACUGCAGCGAGGAAAACUCGACGAGCGACCUCAUCACUAACCUGACCCCUGGGGCUCAGUACAGGGUGGUGGUCUAUCACACUAACGGGCCCCUGAUCAGUCCGCCGUCUGAGCCCGUCAUCAUCGACAUAGAGCCCACAGGGGUCCGGGAGCUGACCGCCUACACCCUGGGUCCGACGGCGGUGAUCCUGAGCUGGCAGCGACCAUACCAUGUGGCCUUCAGGAAGUACGUCCUGCAGACCUUCUUCUUUAACCCGGUCACCCUGGCCUCGGAGUGGACCACCUACUACGAGAUCGCCGCCACCGCCUCCGUCAUCGCUUCAGUGAGAGUGACCGACCUUCUGCCGGCGUGGUACUAUAAUUUCCGUGUUUCCAUGGUGACGUGGGGCGACCCGCCGCUCAGCUGCUGCGACAGCUCGACUGUGAGCCUCGUUACAGCUCCCGAGGCCCCCCACAUCUCCGCGGUGGACUACUCCCACGGAGUGUUGUAUGUUCGCUGGACGUAUGGUGAGCUCUUUGUCGACCUGUCACACUCCAGGAUGCUGCACUGGCAGGUACUCGCUGUCGGCAAGAAGGGCCCCGAGAAGAGCUACUCCGCUGACGUCACUCGGAACGUGAUGCGGGCCAGCCUCCCUCUGCCUCCAGGUGACAUCUACAACCUGACAGUGACGGCCUGCACUGAGCGCAGCAGGAACACCUCUGUGCCGAACAUCAUCAAACUGGAGCCGGCUCCUCCCAGGGCUCUGUACGCUGUGAACGCCACUCACUCAUCCGUGACUCUGCUGUGGACUGAGGAGGGAGUGGUCGACUACUACCAGGUCCUCUGUCGGCCCAACAGAGCCAACAAGGAGCGCAAGGCCCGGGAGCCUCAGACCACCAGCUCUCACGUGGUGACAGUCUCUGGUUUGAUGCCAUCGUCCACCUACAACUGCACUGUCACCAGCUUCAGCUACAGCACACCCAGCAGACCUGCACACAUCACCAUCAGCACCACCGCUAAAGAGAUGAACCCGAGCGUGGCGGCCAUCUCAGCUCUGGCUGUCCUUAGCAUCCUGCUCCUCAGCCUGCUCAUACUUUUCCUGCUCGUUCUCCGCAAGAAACACCUGCAGAUGACCAGAGAGUGUGGAGCAGAAACCUUUGUCAACUUUGCUUCAUUUGAAAGAGAUGGAAAACUUCCUUACAACUGGCGAAGAAGCCUCUUUGCCUUCCUUACCCUACUGCCAUCCUGCCUUUGGACUGACUAUCUUUUGGCUUUUUAUAUUAAUCCUUGGAGCAAGACAGCUUUAAAGAAACGGAAGCUAACAAGCCCCGUGCAGCUGGACGACUUUGACGCCUACUUUAAAGACAUGAGUAAAGACUCAGCGUACAAGUUCUCCCUGCAGUUUGAGGAUCUGAAGAGCAUCGGCCUGGAUCUUUCCCACGAUGCAGCAGACCUGCCUGUCAACAGGUCGAAGAACAGAUACACCAACAUCCUGCCCUACGACUUCAGUCGGGUGAAGCUGAUCUCCAUGCACAACGAUGAAGGCUCCGACUACAUCAAUGCCAACUAUAUCCCAGGCUACAGACACGCUAAAGAGUACAUUGCCACUCAGGGCCCGCUGCCCGAGACACGGAAUGAUUUCUGGAAGAUGGUGCUGCAGCAGAAGUCCCCCAUCACUGUCAUGCUCACGCAGUGCAACGAGCGCCGCAGGGUGAAGUGCGAUCACUACUGGCCGUUCACAGACGAGCCGGUGAUGUACGGAGAGAUCAGCGUGGAGAUGCUCUCUGAGACAGAGUCUCCAGAAUGGACCGUGAGGAAGUUCAGACUGGGAUAUGCUGAUGAGACUCGGGACGUCCUCCAUCUGAACUACACCUCAUGGCCAGAUCACGGCGUCCCCACAGUCAACGCCAUAGAGAGCAUCCUGCAGUUUGUCCACAUUGUCCGUCAGCAGGCCAACAGGAGCAAAGACCCCAUCAUAGUCCACUGCAGUGCUGGAGUCGGCCGGACAGGGACCUUCAUUGCUUUGGAUCGCCUGAUGCAGCACAUUAGGGAGCACGAGUUUGCAGACAUCCUGGGCAUGGUGUCUGAGAUGCGAUCACACCGCCUCUCCAUGGUCCAGACUGAGGAGCAGUACGUGUUCAUACAUCAGUGUGUCCUGUUAAUGUGGCAGAAGAAGAAGCAGCAGUCCAUCACCUCGGAUGUUAUCUACGAGAACGCCAGCAAGACAUAAUGUCAAGACUCCUCCAGGCGUGCUGAACACGCCCAGCCUCCUGUGCUUCAGGCCUCCAUUCUCUGCAGAAGAAGAUCCACUUAAUCAUCAGUAUCAAAACACAAAACAGCCGAACAUCUUGCCGACAAAAGAGAAAAAAAAAA